AUGGUUAACGAAUUCUCCACUUUGCAGGUCGACGAAUUCUUCGACUUGUACCUCCCAGGCGGCGGCCAGGACACUCUCGACGCCGUAGUGAGCGAGCUGAAGAGCCAGAAGGUCCUCGUUCCUCGUGGAGGGCGGCUGGACCAACAGCAAAAAGCGUCGGCUUCGACGCAGAGACCUGCGUUCUCCCAUGUCUUCAAGACUUUCCGAAGUCUCUUCCGAUCUGGUUCAACCAACCCCACCCGCAUUAUGAAAUCGUUCCAGACGGCUGGUAAUGCCGUUCGCAGGGCUCUCAACAAGCUCAAAGGGCCAGCUCCCAACGAAAAUGUCAUUCGCACUGUAGAAGCGGACGAAAGUGCUCUCAAUGGCUGCCUCACGAACAAUCGCGAAGGGGAGCUGCGGUUGACUGACAUCAUCGCUCCGUUCAAAGUCAUCUCGACGAAGCCGCAAGUGCGGAAUAAUGUCUUCGAUGACAGGACCCUUCACCCUCUCAUUCCCAUUGUAAUCGACUUAAUGAACGGCGACGCACGCCGACGGUUCAUGCACGGGAUAACUAUCGAAGAGAGCCAGGUUACCCUCUAUUACUUUUCACGCUCAGUAUGCGCCAAAUCUACGCCUUUCGAUGUAACCAAGCACCCUGAAUUCCUGAUUCGGGCGCUUGUUGUGAUGCUUACAAGCGCCAUCUCGCACCUUGGCUUCGACCCCCUCGUCACACUGCUCCCUGAUGGCAGCUACGUGUACGAGAUACCACCAGAGGGGCCAUCGAUGGCCCCGAAAUUCUAUCAGACUCUACGGAUGUUAUCCAUGCGCCAUACACGACGUCUCAUUGGUCGCAUGGCUCGCAUUUGGCGAGUGCGCCAGAUUGUCUCUCUCUCAUCCGUGGCACCAGUACCAAACACCUCCGAUUUCGUGCUAAAGGACGUGUCUCUCGAGGCUGACGCACCCACGGAAGUCGAGAUACAGCAUCAGCUCUUUACUGACAUUGUCGCCUUUGCAAAUGACCCUAAUUGGCGAGCGCAUCCGAUACUGCAAGACUUUCGACCGGAAGAUCUUGAUAGCCUCGCGGUUGCCUUGAGGAAAGGCGAUCCGCUGGAGUUUUUCUCUCGCAUCAUUGCCAGCCACUUGGGAGAGCCGGAGCUCUCCUCUCCAGGGUGUAUCACGCGUCGCCAAUGUCGCUUUGUGUACGAGAAGGUUUGCACCCCGCUCUACGACAUACCGACGCUCGGUGAAGCUGUCGAUGUACUCAAACAGACCCUUAUCGCCCUUCGUAUCAUGUUCUGCGCCGGAUGGGUGCAUCGCGAUGUCAGCGCCGGCAAUAUUCUGGCUUAUCGAGCCGCCUCGAACGGUGAUUGGCGAGUAAAGCUUUCGGAUCUCGAGUUUUCCAAACGGUUUCCCGCCUCAGACGACUCGAAGCCUGAGAUAAAAAUCGGAACCCCAUUUUUCAUGGCAUGCGAGCUUAUGCGCGACAUUCCGGUCGCCGCGUCGGUGCAUGAGCCUGGUAAUUACCGGGAUGAUGAUGCCGUUGGACCCCUACCGGAUACUACCUUCAGGCCUCUCUAUAAUUAUCAGUACGACCUGGAGUCCGUGUACUGGAUACUCCUCUGGCUUGUCUCAGCACGGUUGAAGGGCGAGCACGACCCGGAUAGGCUUCCAAUUAUCUUUCAACAUCGCCUCGACGCGGAGUAUGCCGCCGUUCGAACAAUGGUGUUUGUUGACACGCUCCGAAACAACAACCUCGUUCGCAACAUCCCUCCACCUCUGGAAACCUUUGUCAUGGGCUACCUGGACAUACUGCGGCGAAACUUGCUUGGUGAAUAUGUCAUGCGUUACAAAGCCAAGGCCAGAGAUGACGUAUCUACAUACUCUUGGGUAUCGAGCCGUGCCUUCUACCCUUUCUUCACUGGCAUUGAAAAAUGUCGCCCGGAGUGGGAAUCCAUCGAACUUCAUGUAGAAGCAGAACACGAGCAUCUGGUGAAAGGCGAAGGGGUGAAGCUGUCGAAGAAGAGAAAGCGCGAUGGUGACGGCGAUGAAGAUGGGGAGCCUGAACAGGCAAGGAAAACGGUCAAGCGCCGGGUUGUUGAACGUCAACCAACCCCUCGCCAGGGUGGUCCAGUGACCAGAUCGAUGUCAAGGUCAGCUGCUCGGAUGACGCGCUCCGCAACCCGUCGUCUUCCAGCUGAUAAACUCCGUUGCAUUUCUCGAUAA